GCGGCAGGCGGGGUGCGCACGCUGGGGCGGGGAGAGCACUGCCCCGAGCCCCCUCCGGGCCGCCGAGCCUGUCCCACCCUGCCUGUAACCCAGCGGAGCUUAAAUCAGAUAUAUGCAGAGUCUGUCGGUCUGAAGGAACUCCUGAGAAACCCCUCUAUCAUCCAUGUGUGUGUACUGGCAGUAUUAAAUUUAUUCAUCAGGAAUGCUUAGUUCAGUGGCUUAAACACAGCAGAAAAGAAUACUGUGAAUUAUGUAAGCACAGAUUUGCUUUCACACCAAUUUAUUCCCCAGAUAUGCCUUCACGGCUUCCAAUCCAAGACAUCUUUGCUGGACUGGUUACAAGUAUUGGCACAGCAAUACGAUACUGGUUUCAUUAUACACUUGUGGCCUUUGCAUGGUUGGGAGUAGUACCUCUUACUGCAUGUCGUAUCUACAAGUGCUUGUUUACUGGCUCUGUGAGCUCACUACUGACACUGCCAUUAGAUAUUCUGUCAACGGAGAACUUACUGGCUGACUGUUUGCAGGGCUGUUUUGUGGUAACAUGCACUCUAUGUGCAUUUAUCAGCCUUGUUUGGUUACGUGAACAGAUUGUCCAUGGAGGAGCACCACAGUGGUUGGAACAAAAUCAACAACAGCCACUCAAUGGUGUUGGUCAACAAAAUGAGGCUCAGGCUGUUGUAAAUGGAGGUGUUGAAAAUGCUGUGCUUGACCAACCUGCUAACCCAGCUGCUGAGAAUGUAGUUGUAGGAGAGAACCCUGAAAUUCAAGAAGAACAAGUAGAUGAAGAGGAGGAGGAUAAUGAAGAUGAAGAAGAUGCUGUAGUAGAAGAUGCAGCAGAUGCAAACAAUGGAGCACAAGAUGACAUGAACUGGAAUGCUUUGGAAUGGGAUCGAGCAGCAGAAGAGCUUACUUGGGAGCGAAUGCUUGGACUUGAUGGAUCUCUGGUUUUUUUAGAACAUGUCUUUUGGGUGGUGUCUUUAAAUACAUUGUUCAUACUUGUGUUUGCAUUUUGUCCGUACCACAUUGGUCACUUCUCCAUUGUUGGCCUGGGCUUUGAGGAAUAUGUUCAAGCAUCUCACUUCGAAGGCCUGAUUACAACUAUAGUCGGAUAUGUUCUGCUAGCAGUGACUCUAAUUGUUUGUCAUGGCUUGGCAGCACUUGUUAAGUUCCAGCGAUCACGUCGUUUAUUAGGAGUUUGCUACAUUGUUGUCAAGGUUUCCUUGUUAGUGGUGGUUGAAAUUGGUGUAUUUCCUCUCAUCUGUGGCUGGUGGCUGGAUAUAUGUUCCUUGGAGAUGUUCGAUGCCACUCUGAAAGACAGAGAAUUGAGCUUUCAGUCUGCUCCAGGUACCACAAUGUUUCUGCACUGGUUAGUUGGAAUGGUUUAUGUCUUCUAUUUUGCAUCCUUCAUUCUUUUACUGAGAGAGGUAUUGAGACCUGGUGUCCUAUGGUUUCUCAGGAAUUUGAAUGAUCCAGACUUCAAUCCUGUGCAGGAAAUGAUUCACUUGCCCAUCUAUAGACAUCUCAGGAGGUUUAUCUUAUCAGUGAUUGUCUUUGGAUCAAUUGUACUGUUAAUGCUCUGGCUUCCUAUACGCAUUAUUAAAUAUCUCCUGCCUAACUUUCUUCCAUAUAAUGUUAUGCUCUACAGUGAUGCUCCAGUAAGUGAACUUUCCUUAGAGCUCCUUCUGCUUCAGGUGGUGCUUCCAGCUUUGCUAGAGCAAGGACAUACAAGACAGUGGUUGAAAGGUCUUGUACGAGCAUGGACUGUUACUGCUGGAUACUUGCUGGAUCUUCAUUCUUACUUACUUGGUGACCAGGAAGAGAAUGAAAACAAUGCAAAUCAGCAACCUAACAACCAGCAUGCUCGCAAUAAUAAUGCCAUUCCAGUUGUGGGAGAAGGUCUUCAUGCAGCUCAUCAAGCCAUACUUCAACAAGGAGGACCUGUGGGUUUCCAGCCUUAUCGUAGGCCUUUAAAAUUCCCACUCAGGAUAUUUCUUUUGAUUGUUUUCAUGUGCAUAACAUUACUGAUUGCUAGUCUUAUCUGCCUUACCUUACCAGUGCUUAUGUUUUCAGUGUUUGCUGGCCGAUGGUUAAUGUCAUUUUGGACGGGGACUGCCAAAAUCCAUGAACUGUACACAGCUGCUUGUGGUCUUUAUGUCUGUUGGCUAACUAUCCGAGCCGUGACAGUACUGGUUGCCUGGAUGCCACAAGGUCGGAGAGUGAUUUUUCAGAAGGUCAAGGAAUGGUCUCUCAUGAUAAUGAAGACAUUAAUAGUGGCUAUACUGCUAGCUGGUGUGGUUCCACUUUUGCUUGGACUUCUCUUUGAACUGGUCAUCGUUGCACCUUUGAGAGUUCCUUUGGAUCAAACACCUCUCUUCUAUCCUUGGCAGGACUGGGCUCUUGGAGUUCUGCAUGCCAAAAUAAUUGCUGCCAUAACGCUGAUGGGUCCUCAGUGGUGGCUGAAAACUGUUAUUGAACAGGUAUACGCAAACGGGAUUCGUAACAUCGACUUACACUUCAUCAUCCGUAAACUGGCAGCACCCGUAAUCUCUGUUCUGUUACUCUCGCUGUGUGUGCCGUACAUCAUAGCUUCUGGUGUUGUACCUUUACUAGGGGUUACCGCUGAAAUGCAAAACCUAGUCCAGCGACGGAUUUACCCUUUCCUGCUUAUGGUGGUGGUUUUGAUGGGAAUUCUAUCCUUCCAAGUCCGCCAGUUCAAGCGCCUUUAUGAACAUAUUAAAAAUGACAAGUACCUUGUUGGACAACGACUUGUGAAUUAUGAACGGAAGUCUGGUAAACCAGGCACAUCAACAACUCCACCUCAAUCUUCACAAGAAUAGAUGGUCAUAUUAAACAUCUUGACCUUCCCUUUGCCUUUACAUGUCCUUUUUUCAUAGACUCUUCUCAUCUUUGGAUAUCUCUCCCAAUAAUACUCUCGGCAGUGUUUUGGCUUCUGUUAGCAGCAUCCAGAUAGCAGUUAAGGCUUUGUUCCUUAUCUGCAUUUUCUGAUGUUAUAAAUGCUGUCUGAGAUCUGUAUAUGUGUAAAUAGAAGUAUCCUGACACCCUAAAACCUUGGAUUAAAAAGAAUGUGCAUUGUACAUCUUUAAAAAGUAUAUUAAUUUAUUAAAUCUAGUUGUCACUUUAUUUUGGACUGCUGUUCUGUUGACAAUGUGCCACAAAGCAAUAGUGCGAAGAGGCAAGAUGUUUUUAUAAAAUUUGGAGCUUACUUUAUGGUGUUCAUAACAGAUCCUAUUGUAGUAAUACAGUAUGAUUUUUCAUGAGUGGAAAGGCCACAGAGAAUAUCAAAAGUAAAUAACUGUCUUACAGUCAGCAAUGAAGUGGCUGUGGUGAGAACAUAAUGAACUAUGUAUCUUGCUGUCCAGUCUUUUUUAUUAUUUUGUAUAACACCAAAGCUGUUGUACAUUUUUCUAUUGCCUGAUUGUUUUUCAUGUGUCAGAGUUUGUAAUAUUGUACAGUUGCUGUUAAAUCAAGAAAAUAUUUCCUCUUCUGAGAAUUCAGAUGUACUUGUUAAGGCUCAGCUGGAUUUUUCUGUUUGGUUGAAGGGGUGGGUGUUGGCUUUGGGAUCAGGAUUUUGUGAAUUGAAACAGUAAAUAAAAAUUUACUAAGUCUAGGUGUUGGAAGCAUUUAAAGGUAUCAAGGAAAAUUAGAUAGGUUCACAACUUAAAUUGUAGCCAAUUUCUUAUCAAUAAUAGAAUUUUUCAGGACCUCAAGAAAAGGGAUGAACAUUAACUGAUGUGCUUGCACAGCACAAGGAGCAUAGUGUAAGCAACAUCCUGACCUGGUCCUUAGUUAAAGAGCUUGAAAUCUUUUUUCUGUAAGUUACCAAAGUUGAAAAUUGUAGUAUGAAUUUUAUAUUGCACAAUUACUUUAAAAAAAAACAAACCCAACCAAAAAAAAUUCUCUCAGAAUUGGUCACUGUGAAUUUUUAUGGGAAUAAUAUUGAAGGAAGUGAUUUAUCAUGUACCAUUUAUUUCCUGAGGGGCAGGGAAAUACAUAUGCUAUUAAGCAGGCAAGGAAGAGUUAGCAGAUAUCUUUGCAAGAGCACAGUCAAACAAGAGCCACCAAAUCAAGUCUGUGUUAUUUCUAUAUGUAGAUAGAGUUCUUUUGCAGUAAUGUUUGGGGGGGCUUAUGUAGAUAAAGAAAAUACAUAACAGUAUCACAAAGCUUUAAGUAGCAUCAAAUCACAUGCUUAGAUUGCAGUAUCUUUCCUAGACCAAUGUGGGAAAUGUGAAUAUCCAUUACAGUAAGGAGAACAUCAAUGGAACAUUUUAAUUGCUGUUCAGUACACUCUUCUUCAGUAUUCUGUACUUAACCAUGUGUGUAUAUAAUUAAUACUUGAGAAUCCGGCAAGUGCUUUGAAAGUGUCAUCUCCUUCUAUUGAUGUUGCAUCUCUGAUCUAACAUUGUUUUGAGCUAAUAUGCUCCAGGCUGUGAUGGUGGUAGUUCAUUUUUUGGUGUCUGGACUCGUGUUCUAAGGCAGCGAGAACAAGCCAAAUGCAUCUGAAUCUAGUGGCAGGAGGACUGGGCUGUCACUAUCAGAUUCAUACUAUUUUACAAAAUUACUGUUGUACUGAUGGUUUUGAACCACAAAUAUUACCUUUUGGAGUGAUUUAUUAGGAAAUUUCCAGUGAAAUGAAAUCAGAAAAAUAGCCUAAAUAUUUUUCUUUCAUUCACUGUUGCUUACUUAAUGCCAAAUUGAGUAUAUAUUCACCCCAUAUAUUUUUGAUGUGCAUAAAUAUUGCAUUUGACUAUUUACAGUGGUGUACAUUGUGGGACAAAUAUAUUUUCACAAUAAUAAAUUCACUGAUAACAUA